AUGAACCAAAUGGCUUCAUCGCUCGGAAUCUCAAGACAAUCGGUUCAAUCCAUUGUGAAAAAGGACUUGGGUCUGAACAGUUAUCGGCUCCUUCGUGGCCAAUACCUCACAGAACAGUCCAAGAAGAAUCGGCUCGAAAAAGCGAAAAAGUUGCUCGACGCACUCAAGGUGCGCCGCCUCUCUGAAGUCAUUUGGACUGAUGAGAAAAUUUUUACGGUUGAGCCGCUUCCGAACCGACAGAAUGCUCGGCAAUUGUUGUCAAAGGACGAAGCAAAGUCCCCAAAACGUCGUCUGGCCUACAAGAGACUUUUUCCAAAGUCAGUGAUGAAAUGUGAAAAUCAACUCGGAUGUGUACCAAAAGUUGGUGUGAUGGAUGUUUUACGUCCGUGGGUCACUAGCCACUUUGGCCAGCAACCCUUCAUUCUUCAACAAGAUUGGGCCCCGUCCCAUGGCUCGAAAUCCACGAAAGCUGUUCUCGACGCUCAUUUCCCUGGCUACUGGGGCAAGGACAUGUGGCCCGCUUCCUCGCCCGAUCUGAAUCCACUCGACUUUUCCGUUUGGGGAUAUUUGGAGGAAAAGGUGAUGGCUCGAUCGCACCCAAAUGUGGAUUCACUGAAGGCCGCUUUGCUCAAAGCAUGGGAUGAUCUUGACGAUGACUACCUCCGGCGCACCGUCGCUUCUGUUCCAGCUCGUUUGAUGGUGUGCAUCAAGGCCGAAGGCUCAAACUUCGAAUAUCUCCUCUGA